GACAGGCGUGUGAUAACUGCACAGUGAAACUCUUCAGAACAAUCAAUAUACUCUGUGGCAGGAGACAUGAUGAAGGCAGGUUUUAAGGUGGUCAUCUUUGGAGCUACAGGACAGACGGGAAAGGCAUGUGUGGAAGCUGCUCUACGGGAAGGAUUGAAGGUCAGGGUUCUCGUGCGUGAUCCAACUCGACUGUCAUCUUCCGACAAUUUAGACGUCAUCCAAGGGGAUGUAACCAACGAGGAUGACGUGAAAAAGGCUAUAAGUGGACAAGAUGGUGUGGUUGUUGCAAUCGGAACAGGAGUGGAUUUGUCGCCAACAACUCUGUUCUCUGUGGGAACCACAAAUAUUGUGGCCGCCAUGAAGGAGUGCAAUGUAAAGAGGAUAUCAGUUUGUAAUUCUGCAUUUGUAUUUUUCCCUGAGGAGAAAUUGCCAGCACGCUUUGUUCCCAUAACCGAGGAUCACAAACGACAGAUAAAGAUAUUGGAGGAGAGUGACUUAGAUUACAUCAUUGUAUGUCCUCCACAUAUAGCCGAUGAACCGGCCACGGGAAAGAUCGCUGUCCAAGAGUCGAGUAAUGCGUCUAGGAAAGUUAGCAAAUACGACUUGGGAAACUUCCUGGUGAAUUGCAUGUUUCCAGAGACGGAUCAGUAUCUCCACAAAAGGGUUGGGGUUUCCAAUCCACCCUAAGGUGCUCGCCUACAUCUGGCCAUGAUGCGGAUCCUGAGUCUGCAAGACAUAUAUUAGUCUGCACGACAUAUAUAUAGUCUGCAAGACAUAUAUUAGCAAUGAAUUAAUUUAAAGAAGGGUUUUACCUUUGUGCUCCGAUUGUGAAUUUAGUUCGAGAUUGUAUUUAUGAAGCUGGCACCAAUCGGGGGUUUGUCUGUAAGCCCCAUUUCAGAACACAGAAAUUACGUAAGACAAACGUAACGGGAAUGCAAUGGAGGCUGGAAACCAACGAGUUAGAGCCUCAACCCCUUAUACUAUGAGAUUAUAUUAGCGAACGUGACUAUAUGGGGUCAAUCACCUUGAAUUUCAUGCUGUAAGAACUGCAGUACAGUAGGGUGAUUAAUUCGUGAAAAAAGUAUGGUUUACGUAUGAUUUACAGUUAAUCAAAUGGAAUUUCAUAAGAUUUUUUAUCAACCUGGUACUGUAUAAGCUAGUAAAAAAUGCCAUGAAAUCAUUGGGAUUUUAUUGUAAGUAUAUAUGCUGAAAAUACUGCAAUGAAAGUUAAGUAUUGUAACGGUGAUACGGAUAUGACGUUGCAUGUGUAAACGUGAGAUAAUGAAGGACCGAAUGAUACCGAAGAGCAUUUGUUUAUCAAGGAGCAUUUGUUUAUUGAAGAGCAUUAGUUUAUCAAAGAGCAUUUGUUUAUUGAAGAGUAUUUGUUUACCCGAAGAACAUUUGUUUACCGACGAGAAUGUGUUUAAUCCACUGCCUUUUCACAACAAAUACUCGUUUUCAUUAUUAAAAAUAUCAAUGUUAAAAUGGAAUCGUGAUGUUUUUUUUGGAAUAUGAAAUUAAACACAUAUUAUAAAUUGA